AUGGAGAUGAACAUCAUGAGCUUCUUAUCCCUCUUUAUUUUCCUCAUAUUUUCCAUCGUCACUGUAUCUUGUGACACACCUCUCUCACCAAGCUAUUACGAUCAAGGGUGUCCAGAAGCUCUCCCGACCAUCAAACGUGUGGUGGAGGAAGCAAUUGCAAAUGAACGUCGCAUGGGUGCUUCUUUAUUACGUCUUCAUUUCCAUGAUUGUUUUGUUAAUGGAUGUGAUGCUUCGAUUCUUUUGGAUCAAACAUCAACAAUUGACAGUGAGAAAAAUGCAGCCGCUAACUUAAACUCCGCUAGAGGAUUCGAGGUUAUCGACAAAAUCAAGUUUGAAGUGGACAAAGUUUGUCAUCGUCCAGUAGUAUCUUGUGCCGAUAUMUUAACUGUCGCUGCUCGUGAUUCCGUUGUUGCACUAGGAGGCCCUUCAUGGGACGUAAAACUAGGAAGGAGAGACUCGACCACCGCAAGUCAAGCAGCAGCCGACGCCAACAUCCCUUCGCCAUUCAUGGAUUUACCUGCCCUUAUAAAAAACUUCGAGAACCAAGGCCUUGACGAGGAGGACCUAGUUGUGCUAUCAGGUGCACACACCUUAGGGUCCGCUCAAUGUCGUACUUUUAGGGCUCGCAUUUACACCCAAACCAAUAUUGAUCCUGCAUUUGCACACCAUCUUCAAACCAUUUGUCCUCAAGUUGGAGGCGACAUGAAGCUUGCACCACUCGAUCCAACUCCAAACUCAUUCGACAACAGAUACUUCACCAAUUUGAUGAGUAAAAAAGGAUUAUUGAGAUCUGAUCAGGCAUUAUUUACAGGUGGUGAAACAAAUGAGAUUGUGGAGGAAUACAACGAAAACCAGAAUAAAUUCUCAAUGGAUUUUAUAAAGUCGAUGAUUAAAAUGGGGAAUAUAAAGCCAUUAACAGGGGAAAAAGGUCAAAUUCGUAAAGAUUGCAAGAAGGUUAAUUGACAAAUGUCACAGGUUUGUUUUAAAUAAUCUAUAACUUUUCAAUUAAAUGGUGGCAUUUUUAUAUCAUAGAUUAAUAGAAUGUAUCAAUAAACGAGCAUUGUCUCGGUGUGAAUUUUUUGCUUUUCUUUUCGCUGAUAUUGUAGUUCGAAAUUGAAUUCUUAAAAACUGUAAUAUUUUAUUUUGGAUU